AGCACAUGGCAUGUAUAAACUUGUACCAAGGUUAUGGUGGCUGUUUUGUGUUUUUGACCGAUUAUUCUACUCUUUUUUAAUAAAAAUAUUUCCUUUAAGACAACCAAAUUGUAUUUGAUACGGGUCCAUUUAUAAACCGGAAAUAACCAAACACCAAUGGACAUUAGCAGCGAAAGUUUCAACUAUUAUAUAAAUGUGAUUUUGUCAAAUAACACAAAUGUUUCACACCUAACAUUAAGCACUUUUAUGAGAGUUCUUUCUCUUCCCUCGGUACACUACACGAAAACAUGAAGACACGAAAACACUGCUCCGAAUCUGACCGGAUGCGCUGAUGUAGUCGCGUCGCGAUUGUUGAAACUGGAAAAGAUGUAAAUCCAAACCGGCGUACACCAAGAUGAAAUACUAUGAAGCCACAAUUUCCUUGGAAGACAGAAACGACACACCCAACGACUGGCGGAAGGACAACCAAUCUUGGGACGAAAAGAUUCAAUUUUUAUAUGAAACAAAAUAUGGGUGCGAUGUCAAUAUCAAAAUUAAGAAUAAAGAAGGGGAAGAGAUUUUUCAGGCGCACAGAUUUGUAUUGAGUAUGUCAAGUAACGUCUUGGAAAAAAUAAUCAAUUCCGAAGUCUUUAAAAUCCCAGGGGACGCCACAAUAGUAUUCACAAAUAUCAGUCCGGAAGUCAUUGAUAUCUUUCUUAACUUUGUCUACACUAAGAACGGCAAACCUCAAACGAGCCUUCACGCUAUCGAACUGUACAGGAUUGCGGCUAAAUUGAACGUACCCGAUUUGAAAGAUAUCGCUCGAAAAUAUAUCGAAAACAAUCUUGAUAUUUCUUCAAUUUUAGAGGUAUACAUUUUAGCAGAAAGUAACGACUUGGCCGAAUUGAAAAACCGUUGCGCUUCGAUAAUUCAAAAGCAAACAAAAGAAAUAAUUAAUGAACAUAACGUACUGAUGCUGGACGUAUAUUCUCUCAAUGCUAUUUUAGAACAGCCAGCACUCAAUAUUACAGAAAUCGAAUUGUUCAGGCUCGUACACAAAUGGAUGGUAUGCCGUAAACAAAAUGCAAUCAGAGCAGGCUGUGAAGAUCAUGAAGCGAGAAAGAAGCUCAAUAAUAGCUUAUUGGCAAGAUUUUGUUUUCUGAGUAUGACUGCCGAAGAGUUCUGCGAAGGGCCGAUGAAAACGCACCUUUUGCGCAAGGCGGACGAGCUCGCGAUCCUGGGUCACAUCUCUUCGAAGACUUGCACGAUCGGCUUCCCGGCCGGCUUCAACCGUCGACAACGGACAUACCUGGGUAAGUCAGACUCGCCGAAACGCGAUGAAGGAAAGGCGCGAAAGGAAUCGCCGAGGAAGAAGUCCGAGAUAAGUCCGAUAAAAUUGGGACUGAAAACUCCAAGCACGUACCGAAUAUACAAAGACGGAGACACCCCGCCUCCCACUAUAGGCCUUCAACGAAUACCGUCCGUCAUGCCGCCUAAGUUCAGAGAACUUUUGCCAAACGGCUCACCUAUGAGAAGAAGUAAAUAAAUAACCAUUUUUA